AUGUGCAUAUCAGAUCUCACACGGGAGAGAAGCCGUAUUCCUGUCCUGAGUGCGGGAAAUGUUUCCAAUAUAAAUCCAAUCUUAAUGUGCAUAAAAGAUCUCACACGGGGAGAAGCCAUAUUCCUGUCCUGA